AUGCCCACGAGCGCAUGUCUCUUUGCGCCCUCUCUGUGCGCUUCUGCCACCAUUGUUGGCCUAUCCUCCACCGGCCUGGCUCUCGGCCGCCCAGAAUCGCAGCAACCAACACCGUCUUUUGAGUCCAACUUCGCCCCCAUCGUCGAGCGCCCGCUGCCGCCGCGACCGCAUACUUCAGUCGCCACGCAGCACCCCCCGCCGCUGCUCGCUGCUUCACCGCUGGACGACGCCUUCGAAACUCGCCCAAACAAUGGGCCCGCGCCAAUGCGACGACCACGAGGUUUGACGCUCGACAGCGACAGCCCCCGGCUGCGCGCCGCACAGGAGGCGGGGAAGAGGUUGUCGACGCUGGAGCAGGACGCAGGCGGUGGCGGUGGUGGUGUUGUUGACUGCCGGGAGAUCAGCGCGCGGGCGCGUCCGUCGUGGGUGAAGCGCCUCUCGAUUGUGUCCCUCUCGCAGAGCUCGACGCGCUCGACGGCGAGCCCUGUGUCGCCGUCGUACUCGAACGGGUCCAUGGCCUUCUCCAUGGAUGGGUCCAGCGCACCUAUGAUCGCCGGGAGCGCGCCGGUGGCCCCGCUGCCUCCAAACAAACUCGUUAAGCGCUCGACUUCAGUCCGCACGCCGGCGGGGCCUGAGAUUCGCCCGUCCAGCUCGUCGCGACCAACGCUGCGGAGGCCUGCGACGAGUCAUCAGCGCUCCAGGACGCUGGGGUCGCGCCCUGCAUUCAUGGAUGUGCCGCCAGGUCGUACUGAUAGCGUCGCCGCCACUUGCCCCCACCGCCCCGACCCGGAGAUCCGCUGGAAGCAGUUCUUCUCAGCCAAGGGUACCGUCGCUAAGAGGCGAGGAUUGUCUGGAGAUCCGAAGGUUAUUACGCGGAUAGUCCCAAGCGAGAAAUACCACCCGACCCUGGUACUGGCCAACACGGUCACGGCUCCCACACUGGAAAUGGACGACACUGCCAGCCAGGCCGGCGACAGCGAUGAUGCUCGGAGCCGUCCGCAAACUCCGGCUUUCGUCGAGCUCCCGCCUUUGAGCCCCACGUCUAUUUCUGAAACCCCCGCAGAGGCACUUGCAUCGCCCGAAACAGGCCAAGGAGCAGAUCGUGCCCGGCGCCCCUUCUCUUUUAGUGGCUUCCUCGGAAAUGUCCCGCUGUCAAGGAAGCCACACCGUCGGCGUCGCCUGUCAGCCGACGGCUUCGUGCGCGCGAGCAGCCGCCUCUCCACUGCAACCACUGCCUCGACCCGAGAGGGCUCGGGCGCAAUGACCUACGACGAGGUUGACGCAAUGCCGAGCGACUCGCUCCGCGAGGUCCAUUCUUCGUACAGCAGCCACACCGGCGACAUCGCCGACGUCAGUUUCGAGUCGAGCAGACCCUCAUCCUCGCCCGCCUUCGAGUCACGCACCGUGUCUUUGAGCAACACCUCCAAUCACAUCCCAUCUCGCGUCCCCUCUCAGCAUGGAUACAACCCACCCGCCGCCCGCCCCGUCAGUCAUCGCCCUGCGUCCCCUUCCUCUGCGCCGAUUCGCCAUUCCCGUUACUCCAUUACCCCAUCCGAGCAAGCUUCGACCCUGGUCGGCUCCGAUUCCGAAGCACGCAUCUGGUCUGGAGAAGAGUCCGACACCGAUCUCCAGAGCGACACCGUUUUCGAUUCAAUGCGCACCAGAGGCACCCGAGCCUCGUCAGGCGCCCGCGGCCCGACCAUCGAAACCAUCUUCGACGAGUCUCCCCGGCCUUUGAAACCCAAGAUCUCACCAUUGAAAGAUCUGUUACCCAAGGGAACCUUCCCGGAACUAGACAAGCAUUCGACUAUUCAAGAAGAGGAAAGCAACUUCUCAACACCGGUCCGCUCGGUAGUGCCGGACCGUGGGACUGGGAACGGAGGGUCGCCGACACCCGCCCCUCGCAGCGCUUCCCGGUUUUCUCCCGACAUUCCUUCCUCACCACCCAAACCGGUCAGCCUCGGCGUCCUGGAAUGGGACAACAGCGCUGAUGACGCCGACGAUGGUCAGUGGUCUUUUGACGAAGACGACAGCGACCUGUGGGAAUUGAGCAGUGAAAAGACUCCUAACACAUAUCAUGCCACUAAGUUGUCUAUCAGGCGCAGUCACCCGGUCCUCACUGGUUUCGACCCGCGGCCGGUCUCGAUUUCUGUGGCGCCACGGCCAUCGACUGACACUUUUGAAAGAGAUGCACGAAGUAGCAUUUUUGACUGGUCCGAGUCUGCUGUCGCUGAUUGGAGCGUUGGCAACCGAACACCGCCUCGCCCCAUGACCGUCCAUGGCAAGAAAGAUGCUCAUGGUAGAGGCAGUCGCUCAGUCGGCAGACGGGUACCGAGUGGUCUUCACGCGCGCAGUCAGAGCGUACCCGUCGUUCCAGACGUAACCGGGAAGAGAGAUCCCAGGAUUACCAACAAAUUCGGCACCUGGGGCGUCGGCAGCAAGGGUGUUACCGAGGACUGGAACGACGACUUUGAUUUUGGCGACGGUGAUGACGGCUUGGGUCCAACAGGGAACGAGAAGGUGGAGAGUCCAUCGUCCAUGUUCGUGCCGAAGAGCAUCAGGGAGCAGCAAAGCAAUGUGCUUGCCAACAUCGGCUUGCUCAGGGAAUGGGGUCUCCUGAUUGAGGAGCUGAAGGAUCUUCGGGCGCGUGCCGCAACCCUCAACAUCUUGGAAGGCCCGUACAAGAACAUGUGGCAACAGGUGGAGGGUAUGAUCGAACUAGCGGAUCAGGAAGUCGAUGAUGAGCCAAUCGUGCCGCAGCUGUCGGCCCCGUCAUCUCCUGGAUUCGACGCUGACGCCUUCGACGAGCCCCGCACUGCCACGCCAGCUUCAGGUCGUGCAAGGGGACGGUCCCUCCUUCAAGCCGCGAAAGACAUGAGCCAUUGUGCUUCUCCCGCAAUCUCGGUCGGAACUAAAGGAAGACGAAAGUCGAUCCUGAUUCCUACAGACGACAUCUUCAGCUGCCCUUCUCCCACACCCAAGACGCCUCAGGAUACGCCACAGGUCAUGCCUACUACUCGUCCACGGAAAAACUCGGAAGUUGUCGCACUAUCGGUAAUCGAGGCGCUCCAACAACGCAGGAAUGCAGAUCCGCUCUCCCCGAACUCAGACACGCCAGCCAAGAAGGUCCCGUUCGACACUGGGACUCUCAAACACAUUGUGCCUUAUGUCAAUGGUCUCAUGCACCAGGCCAAGUCAGCCCUGCGUGAAACCGAACACCUCUAUUCCAGCCCCGUGCACACCCCUACCGGAGGCAACUCCCCCCUCCGCCGUUUCUUAGCCGCCGAUCCAUCUGACGAAUCUCCUUCACGCCGAAGUCGACCUCGCUCACGAAUGGCUCUUUCGGAUAAAACUUUUGAUGCGAAAGACAGCGAGCUGGUCGCCAAAACGCAACAAAUGAAGUUAAUGACGGUCAUGUAG